ACUCAGUAUAAUGUCAAUUGUCACAAAAUAAUAUCAAACAUGACAAUUUGGAAAUAUGGGGUUAGAAAUUAAAAAAAAAUUAUUUUAAUUUUUUUAUAAAAUCGUCUAUACGUUUUAAUACAUCGUAUUAAUUAUGGACGUUGGUUUAUUAGUAGCUUUAGCAGCUAUACUCUUAACAAUAAUCGUUGGAUUAACUGUGUAUCUUAAGAAAAAAAAAGUUGUGCCAGCUCCGAAUAGGAACGUUGCAGCAGGAAUUAGAGCAAGAGAUGGAGGACCAAGAAGAGCCCAGAUUGCUAGAAACAGAGGUGUUCGUCUUAGAGCCAAUGCAAACCAAGAUGUACAAGAUGAUGAAGAUGAAGGAGAUAAUGAGAUAGAAAAUACCGAGGCGGAUCUCAUGGAUCCAAAGCUGGGCGCUAAGAAAAGAGCGAAAUUAGAAGCAAAAGCGGAAAAGAAAGCAGCCAGAAAAGUGGAAGAACAAAUGAGAGCUGACAAGAAGAAGAAAGCAGAGCAAGCAGAAGAAGAAAGAAAGAAAUUGGAAGAAAAAGAGAAGUUAGAAGAAAAGCGAUUAGAAGAAGAAAGAAGGAAAGCAAAAGAAGAACAAGAAAAACGAGAAUACGAAGAAUAUUUGAAAAUGAAAGAAGCAUUUUCCAUAGAAGAAGAAGGAUUCGAAGAAGGGGAGGAAGGAGACCAGCAAAAUUUGUUACAAGAAUUCGUUAAUUACAUAAAAACGAAUAAGGUCGUUGUUAUUGAAGAUUUAGCUGCUCAUUUCAAACUUAAGACACAAGCUGCCAUCGAUAGGAUCAAAGAUUUACAGAAAGAUGACAUUUUGACGGGGGUCAUCGAUGACAGGGGUAAAUUCAUUUACGUAUCACAAGAGGAAAUGGAAGCUGUUGCUAAAUUUAUAAAACAAAGAGGUCGAGUUUCUAUAUCGGAAUUAGCGGAAAAUAGUAAUAAAUUGAUAAACUUAACACCCGGUAUAAUGAAGAGUACCCCAGUAAAAUAACUUGGAAUAAUUAUUAAAAUUUAUAUAGGAAACUGUAAAUAAAUAAAGAAUUGUUUUUCAUAA